CAGGACAAGGGGGUCAGGAGCCUCCCGAGCAGCACCCUGUCUAUGAGCAGGAAAUAGAGCGCUCGGGCUGCAGCGGAAGAGAUUCGCUGGAGCUGCUCUGCCCAAAGGGCUGCAGAUGGACCGAGGACUACAGAGGGGAGAUGACUCUGAAAGAAGAAACAUUCCGCAUCCAGUUUAACAACGCAUACAAGGUCCCGAAGCCCUACCACCGCAGAGUGACCUACCUGUGCUACCAGGUGCAAAAGGCCAACGGCAACCUGCUGACCAAAGGCUGCCUUCGGACCAAGAAAGGUUACCAUGCAGAAAGUCGCUUUAUUAAAAGGAUCUGUUCCUUGGGCCUGGACCAAGCCCAGAGCUACCAAGUCACCUGUUUCCUCACAUGGAGCCCCUGCCCACGCUGCGCCCAGGAACUGGUUUUGUUUAAAAGUAGUCACCCGCACCUGUACCUGAGGAUCUUCACCGCCCGCCUGUACUUUCACUGGAGGAAGAGCUACCAGGAGGGGCUGCAGCGGCUGUGCAGGGCCCAGGUCCCAGUUGCUGUCAUGGGCUACCCAGAGUUCGCUCACUGCUGGUACAACUUUGUGGACCACCAGCCAGGGCCCUUUGAGCCGCCCUGGUACAAGAUGGAAUACUACAGCAAAUGCAUAAAGAAGCGCUUCCAGCGGAUCCUGACGUCCUGGGGUGUACAUGACUUAACAGAUGACUUCAGAAAUUUGCAGCUCGGACCCACUUCACCCCCAGUGUUGUCAAGGGUCCCCAGAUGACGGCCUGGGACAUCACACACACCUGGGCCCCAUUCCCAAAAGCCUGGGCCUUCCAUGUCCAGAAAGCUUUUCUUACCUCCUUCAUUUAUUUUAUGUUCAUUUUUUUUAUAAGUGGGUUUGUAAUUU